AACACGUGAUGCAGACGUCACGCAGACGUUAGUAAGUCGUUGGUAAACAUGUCAUGUAAGUCAGACACGUAACGCAGGAGUCACGCAGAUGUUAGUAGGGGGUGCUGGUAUAUCAUGUCAUGUCAGGUGGUACGGUUACCUAGAUGUAUAAAUGUCCCUUAUCACCCCCAUAGAUAUCUAACUUGCAGCAGCAACAACAAUGUUAUUUAUUAUCAUACCAUACAACAGUGCCUGUCUUGACUGGAGUAAACUAUUCUAUUGGAUUCGACAACACUUCCUGUAGCUACUCACCCCAACGCUAGAAUCCAAUAGGCUGCUAUAGCAUUAGCUGUAACAUGCUGACGAAAAUACUAGUCAUUAAAAACUAGCAGUAUUUAAAUAUUCUAGAUGUGUCCGUUGGGAUAAUUAGGAGUACACCGCAGUAUCCCAUCACUGGAUUGAGCUACGUUUCCUGAGCCAUAUGUCUCGUCGACUCCGCGCAGUCCUGAUCGUUGCGUAGCCGCGUUCCGAUUAGAGAGAGAAUGUAUUGAACUUCUAGUCGGAUUCAGGCUAGGCUUCAAUGCCUUCAGAAGGGCACAGCAUGGUGACUCUGUCCCUCUUGUCCCUCUGUCUGCUCUCCUUGUUGGGGGCCAGAGGGGAAGUGGCUCCAAAUUUCGACAACUGCAAAGAUUCUUUCUUCAGAAAUACGCCAGUGUCCGGUCUGAAUAUAGCUCUCCCCACUCCACCCGAGCCCAACCCAGAGGAUUUAAAGAAUCCAGAGAAAUGUCUCUCUGCUUACAAUGCUGCCUCUCCUGCAUACAUUUGUCAGAGAAACGGUAACCACUAUUACUUUGCCACUCUGUAUGACCGUGGCAGGAGGAUCCCUCUGUACUCUGCCUAUGAAAUGGAUAUCAAAGGGGUCCCUGACAGAGAGGGGUCCAUAGUUUAUUAUGAACCACAGCUUGUGCAUCCUGACCUACCAUUACAGCAAAUGAAUAAGAAAGGAUCAUUGCUUGAGAUCAAGAAAUACAACGAAAACAUUGGCUGCAGUGAACGCUCUCCACAAUACCGACAGAACUACAAGCUGGGCUGGAGUCAGGCUCUCGAUGACAACUUUGGCUCAUAUGACCGCGGGCACCUAAACCCCGCAGGACACCAUAAAGAAGAUGCAUCCAAAGCCACCAUGACCCAUACCAACGUAGCUCCGCAAGACGGGAUGAUGAACAAAGGGCCGUGGAACCAGUACGAGAAGAAGCUGAAGGAAGAUUUGAGUGCAGGCUGUAGUAAGAUGUAUGUGGUGACUGGGGUGGUCCCAAGCAGCAUGUGGGUAGACCAGAACAAGCGAGUCAAUGUUCCGAGUCACUACUGGAAUGCCUACUGCUGCACCGACAACAACGACAAACCUCUCAAGUCUGGAGGUGCCUUGGGUCCUAACACAGCUCACAGUGUUGUUACAGAGUAUAACUCUGUUACAGUCCUUGAGACUGAGCUUAGAGGGCUACUGAAUGUUGACAACAAUUUCAACAUUUUUAAUGGUUGUUAGUCCAAUAUAGAUGUGGACCUGUCUAAUAUAUCUGGUAUGAUUGUUUUGGAUUUUGAAUGAAUGCUUAGGCUCUUACGUUUGUUGUUACUAUUUAGUAUAGACCUACUGUAUAAUGACAUUUUUGAACCGUUAGAUUAUAUUGAUGUAGGCCAGUGGCCAGAUGUUUCACAAUUUAGCUCACCUGAUUCACCUAUUCAACAGCUUGAUUAUUAGUUGAGUCAGGUGUGCUAACUGUGGAAUAGUUCAAAUAAAAGAAAUGGCUGGGGGUCCCUGAGAAGAGGUUUGAAAACCCCUAAUUUAGGCUACAUCAAUAUUUUAAACAAAUCCCUGACCAUAAAUAUUAUCCUAUUGAUCAAAUUUGUGGUUAAAAUGUAUUACAAAUUCAAAACGUAUCCUUUGUAGUAAUUAUUCGUAAAGCGAAUGUUUGUUUGUUUGGUCACACAGAGUUGUGCAACCAAGUCUUUGUGAAUGCUUGUUGCUUUGAAUCUAUAACCCAAUAAAGCUUGUUUUGUGAAAGUA